CCUCUUUCCAUGUGCAAUGACAACUGCUAUCCUGGAUUCAGCAGGAAAAAGAGGGAGGGGGAGACAUUUUGCUGCUAUGAUUGUGCUGCAUGUCCAGAAGGAAUGAUCUCUCACCUGAAGGAUAUGGAUGCCUGUGUUAAAUGUGAAGAAGAUCAAUAUCCCAAUAAGGAUCAAACUCAAUGUGUUCCCAAGGUUGUAAGUUACCUCUCUUACAAAGAAAAUUUAGGGAUCAUUUUAGCUGUCUUGGCUAUUACUUUCUCUUUUGUCACAACGUUAGUACUUGGAAUUUUUCUGAAGCAUAAGGACACUCCCAUAGUCAAAGCCAACAACCGGACCCUCUCCUUUAUCCUCCUCAUCUCCAUCCUUCUGUGCUUCCUCUGCUCCUUCCUCUUCAUUGGAAAGCCAAAACAGGUAAUCUGCCUUCUCCGACAAAUGGAUGUUGGUGUUAUCUUCUCUGUCGCCCUUUCCAGCAUAUUAGCAAAAACUAUUACUGUGGUACUGGCAUUCAUGGCAACCAAACCAGGAUCUAGGAUGAGGAAAUGGGUGGGGAAAGGAAUGUCAUAUUCUAUCGUCUUUUCCUGCUCCUUUAUUCAAGUUUGCAUUUGCACCCUUUGGUUAAGUGCUUCACCUCCAUUCACAGAUGCAGACAUGCAUUCAGUGAAUGGGGAAAUUAUAUUGCAAUGUAAUGAAGGCUCAGCUACCAUGUUUUAUUGUGUCUUGGGCUAUAUGGGCUUUCUGGCAAUUAUCAGCUUCAUGGUGGCUUUCCUAGCCCGGAAGUUACCUGACAGUUUCAAUGAGGCCAAAUUUAUCACUUUCAGCAUGUUAGUCUUUUGCAGUGUUUGGUUGUCAUUUGUUCCAACCUAUUUGAGUACCAAAGGAAAAUACAUUGUAGCAGUGGAGAUCUUCUCCAUCUUGUCCUCCAGUGCUGGGUUACUGGGUUGCAUCUUCUUCCCUAAAUGCUACAUCAUUGUGCUGAGACCUGAGCUGAACAACAGGGAGCAAAUAACUAGUGUUAGGUCAAAACUAAAAUUCUGA